GGUGUAGUACACCAUGCAUGGCUGCCUUUGUCCACCAGAUGAAAUAUAAGUAAGGAGUAUAUCUGGCCAACUGAAAACUGUGACCUUAUUCUUCUUGUGACCUUUCUCUAGGAUUAUCUGUCUGUCUGUGUGUAUUCAGUGGAUAACAUUAAUGUUUUAGUUCUGACCUAGAUAACGAGGUGAAAUUUACGUUAAUAGUCGAACCAUGUGGACUAAUUUCUGGCCUCUCAGGAUUUGCUGACAUUGACUAAUUGGAGUAGUUGAAGAAUUCCUUUGAUGUAUAUUGAUUUUUUUUCUGGCAAACAAUAGCAGAAUUCCAGGAUUUUUUGCAAAUAGUUCAAGAGCCCAGCAUUUCCAGAUGACUGUACAUCUGAACAGAGAGAGGUAAAGAAAUGCAUCAGUUGUUACACCUGAUACUGGUUCUAUUAUCCUCACUCUUAACCACUACACAUGGUUGUGGAAGAACACCAGCUACCCCCCGUCCCACCACUGUGGCACCAGUGACAGUAACCACAACAUUUGUAAGUCACCGCAAACCAUGCACAGCUAAUGAAACACAGGCACAGGGUUGUCUGAAUGGAGGGACCUGCUUUGUGUUGGAGAUUGAAGAAGGGGAAGAGAGAACUACACAUUGUCAAUGCCAAGAAAAUUAUAUUGGAAAAACCUGUUUCUACAUUGAUCCAACAUUGAUAUUUCAACGGGAGAGAGAUGACAGAGUUAAGGCAGCAGCCAUAGCAGCCAGUGUUGUGGGCAUUGUUCUCUUUGUUACUGCCAUUGUGUGUGUCUUAGUUCUACGUAAAAGAUACCUCAGGAGGAAGGAAAUGGAGAAGAGAGAGGAGAAGGAGAAACAGCCUUUACAUGAUCAGGUAUGCUACAAAGGAAACAGUGACUGGGGGAAACAGUGAGGAAUCAACUCUGGUGAAUGGUGGCCAUCAAGUCAGUUCUGUAUAGCAUGAGAACUGACUGACAUAUAUCACUCAAAAGGACCUCUAAUGCAUGGAAAAUUUAACUUCUCAGUGAAAUAAAGAAAGCAACUGCAUUUUAUUGUGAAAGUGACACAUGAAAACCCCUGCAGUAUGAGAUUUUGUGACUUUAGAAAGUGUCUUUCCUAUUUUUGCAUUUAACUCAGACGCAAAAUGUUGUGAAAAACAAACUGAAAAAAAAUGGAAGCAAGACAGUGUGCCAUGAUUGUGAAAGAUUACAAAACUUUUGUGAACCCAGUGAUACAGUGAGAGCAUCACUGCUAUUUCUCUACAUUAUUGUGUAUGGCAGAGUUUAUUUAUAUUCUCAUUUUAAUGAAAUCCAGCAGACAGAGUAGCCAAAAGAUCACACAUUCCUUCAUCAAAAAAUCAAAGCCUGUUAUGCAUGAAUUCACAAAGGUCUGAGUGAACAUUAAGUGAAAGCAUCAAUAGAUUAAAAAUGACUUCAAAAUAUUUAACAAUGGCUAAAAUUAAUUUUUAAAUAUGAUUGAAAAUGGUUAAUGAAUCAGGUAUUCACUUUUUUUUUUUAAAUUAAGGUGUUUCCACAACUCCUUUUGCUAGGGCAUAUGAUAUGUUUUUUCUUUAUAUUUUUAAAUUGAUUGUGCUUUUUUGAUGGUUGUUCACUUUUUGAAACUAUUUUUCUGAUAUAUUGUUUUUUUUUGUGACACAUGAUUUAUUGGCAUAGGUAAGAAGCAGCAAUGCUCUCACAUGCAUAAUAAUAAUGCUUGAUAACAAUUGAUUCGCAAAUAAGAUAAUUUUAUUCAAAUUAAACUUGAAAAAAAAAACAUGUCACUGGUCAAAAUUUGAAUGACCAUCUAGUGAAUUUAAUAAUUGUCACCACAAUCUAUAAUAUUUACGGAAUAUAUACACAGUGAAUAUUUAUAGGUAAAGUAUGAUGUUUAAUAAAGAAAUUUUGAUUUUUUGAAAUGAAAUUUUUAAAUGCAAUACUAAUGCAUGUAGAUCUUCAGGUUUGGUAUUUUAGUGCAUAUCAAUACUUUAGCUUAAAUUGUAGACAAUCAAAAUUAUAUACAAUGUACUUAUUUUGCAAUGUCUAUAUGUUGAAGAAUAUUCAUUCUAGCAACUAAGAAUCUGCUUUUAACUAGAGGGCUUUAUUAUUUUGAAGACAUUACCUUUUUUCAUACAUGUUUUGUAUUGUGUGUUUGAACAAAUAUUUUGUACAUAUUGUUUUAUUUAUUUAAUUAUCAAUUGAACUUAUGAAGGAUUCGUUAUUAUUGUUGCAUAUCAUCAAGCCGGAAAUCUUAUUAUUUUGUAUCAAUUUGAUCACAGCAUAUAGAUAGAUCUCUUAACAAAUUGCACUCAGCUCAUUAUACUGCACAAUGAAUUGAGGUCUAUGUUGUAUUGAAAUUGCAUUUAUACAUCUUUUAUUGUGCAAUAUGUUGACAUAUGUGAGGUUUUGAUAUAAAUUAUAAGCAUACUUGUCUAAUUACCAUAAUUGCCUGUUUACAACAGUUUACCAUUGGUUAUAACAUUAAAUUAUUUGUCAAAUAUAAUUGAUUUUAGAAUCUGCACUGUAUGUCACAUUAUAGCUCUGAUAAAUGCAGAGUCUAUAUUCUCAUUCAACAUUAUGUAUACCAUUGAAACACAAAGGUUGUGUCAGAAGGGAGAAAAAAACAUCCAAAAUCUCAAAAGCCUUGACUUGAAUUCUCAAAAAAAAUUGUAGAAAAAGUUUUCAUAAUCAGUAGUAACUUUAUCAAUACAUGUACUUUAUCCUUUGCAGGCAUUUCAUUUCCUGUCUGUUUGUUUCACAAGGAAAUAAAUAUUUACUUAUAA